AUGUCUAAGCCUUUGUCUUUUCAAUGCCACAUGAAAAACACAAUCAAAGAUGUAUUUUUAUCAAGAGGAUACACAGAAAUUCCAUGUGCUGAAGAAGAAGAUGAAGAAGACAGAUUUGAUUGGGAUUUUAUUUGGGCAAGCCGCGCUUGGAUUCAUGGACAUAUGCUUGGAGCAACGCCUGUUGUAUUAACACCAAAUCAGCGUGUUAAUCACUUCCCAAACUCAUUUGAACUCACAAGAAAAGAUCUGAUGGCAAAAAAUCUUAUGAAACUUGGCCGAGAGUUACGUAAGAUUGGUCAACAAGCUACUGUGGAUUUCUUCCCACAAACAUUUGUCCUUCCAAAUGACUAUAUGAGAUUUCAUGAUGAGAUGAAAGGUAAAAAUUUGAUUUGGAUUGCAAAACCAGUUGGUGGAUCACAAGGUCAAGGCAUUCUCUUCCUUCAAAAUGAACAAGAAGCUGUCAAAUUCAAUGCUCAAAAUAAUGCUAAAUUUAACUCACCAGAUGCGACACCUGAAGACAAAAUGCGAUGCACAUAUGUUGUACAGCGUUAUAUUUCCAAUUCUUUCUUAAUUGGAGGAAGAAAAUUUGAUAUUCGUUUGUACGCCUUAACUCUCUCAUUUAAUCCACUAAUAGCAUACAUCUAUAGAGGUGGAUUCUGCAGAUUCUCUUCUCAACCGUUUACAAUGAAGAAUUUUGCAGAUCGCGACAUACACCUUACAAACAUUGCAGUUCAGACACAUUCAGAGGCUUAUAACCCUCGUCAUGGUUGCAAAUGGGAUUCCCACAGUCUGAGAACAUAUUUCAUUCAUAGAUACGGAAUGGAAGCAACAAAUCAGCUCUUUACAGCUAUUCAAAGCAUCAUGUUGAACUCUCUUCUAUCAGUUCAAUCAUCAAUUAUACCAGACAAACAUUGCUACGAAUUAUAUGGCUACGAUAUCAUGAUUACAGACGAUCUCCGUCCAUGGCUUAUUGAAAUCAACGCUUCUCCGUCACUUGAUGCAAAUACUGAAGAUGAUUAUGACAUGAAGUUCAGUAUGCUGAACGAAAUGCUUGAUUUAGUUCAAAUGCUUCAAGCAGCUGAAAGUCCCAAUGAAUUACCAUUACAUUAUGGUGGUUUCGAUCUUUCAUGGCGAAAUGGUCCAAUUGUUCCAAAAGCUCAGACAAAUUGUACUUCUUACAUCGGAUGUCAUUGCGCAGUCAACGGAUCUCCAAACAAUCCAUACCGAACUAAGGAUAGCAAGUUCACUGUCAAGAAGAUUCCUGGACAUCCUCUUCAACCAAAACAAUAA